CCUCCCCUCCUCUGCCUCUCUCUUUAUCUAUUUCCAUCCGCAUUUGCAUCGCUCGCCUUUCGCAUUGCAGCCUCUCAAAACAGCCAAACCGAACCCCGAAAGCUCGCCAAGAAACGCAGAAACGAGCGAAGCAAACCAAGCAGCAGCAGCAGCAGCAGAGGAAGAAGGAGAAGCGAGGAGCUGAGCCGGCUAGCAAUGGCGGCGGACCUGGGCUUCGAGGCGACCGAGCUCCGGCUCGGCCUGCCCGGCGGCGGCGGCGAGGGGGAGGCCAGGAGCUCCUCCGGCAAGAGGGGCUUCGCCGAGACCAUCGACCUGAAGCUGAAGCUGGAGCCGGCCGGCGAGGAGGCGCCGGCCGAGGAGGAUCGGGCCGACGUGGCCGUGGUCGCGGCCGCGGCGGCGGAGAACCAGGAGGAGACGGCGACGGACGCCGGCGCGGGGAAGAUGAAGAGGUCGCCGAGCCAGAGCAGCGUCGUCACCUCCGCCGCGCUGCCCGACCCCGCCGAGAAGCCCCGCGCCCCCAAGGCGCAGGUGGUGGGGUGGCCUCCGGUCCGGUCGUUCCGGAAGAACAUCCUGGCGGAGAAGUCGUCGCCGGCGGCGGCAGCUGCGUUCGUCAAGGUGAGCAUGGACGGCGCGCCCUACCUGCGCAAGGUGGACCUCAACAUGUACAAGACCUACCAGGACCUCUCCAAGGCCCUCGAGAAGAUGUUCAGCUCCUUCACCAUCGGAAACUGUGGAACUCCAGGGAUGAACGGCAUGAACGAGAGCAAGCUGAUGGAUCUGCUCAAUGGAUCCGAGUAUGUUCCGACGUACGAGGACAAGGACGGCGACUGGAUGCUCGUUGGCGACGUCCCGUGGGAGAUGUUCGUCGAGUCGUGCAAGCGCCUUCGGAUAAUGAAGGGAUCAGAAGCUAUUGGCCUUGCACCAAGGGCAAUGGAGAAAUGCAAGAACAGGAGCUGAGGAGAGGAUGCACUAAAUGUUAUGCAAGAAUCAAAAUACCUAUAACCUUGCUUGCUCAUCCCUGUAUCAUAUUCUCUGUCCUAAGUCUAAGUCUGUAUCUCCUGAUCAGUGAAGUCAUUUUGGUUUGUGAUCUUCUCUUUUCCAGUCCAGUCCCAAGUCUCAUCUUGUUAUAUACAUAAGAAAGAAGAAGCCAAGAACAUGUGAGAUGUAUCUGUACCUGUCUGCCACAUAAUUGUGUCUUCUCUUUUUU